AUGGCGCUUUUCGGCAUUAUGUUUUGUCGCUUUUUCCACUCCGAAAUUGUGUGUUUGCCGCAAAUUGCAAACAUUUUUCUUCAAUUUAGUGUAGAAAUUCGUUAGAAUAAUGCAGUAAAGGUAGUGUAACUUAUCGGUUAAGUAAUGUAUCAGACUUGCAAUGCAAAAACUAUGAGAAACAGUGUGUGAUUAGUUGGGAAAUUUGUGUUCCAAAACUUCGUCAUCAGCAUUCAACAUGAAAAUCUUGCAACCGAAUUGGGUCCAUCACGAUGAAAAAGCAAUUUUUUCCAUCGACAUCCAUCCGGGUGGGGAGAAGUUCGCCACCGGUGGUCAGGGCAAUGAUUCCGGCCGGGUCGUGAUCUGGAACAUGGCCCCGGUGAUAAGCGAAGAUGCGGAAAAGGAUAAGAAAGUGCCACGGAUGCUGUGCCAGAUGGACAAUCACCUGGCCUGUGUGAAUUGUGUUCGAUGGAGCGGAAGCGGAACCAUGCUGGCUUCCUGUGCGGAUGAUAAACUGAUCAUGAUAUGGAAGAAAUCCGCUGGGGGAGGAAGUUCUUUUGGAUCAGCCAAAACGGCGGAACAUUGGCGGUGCAUUGCCACGCUGCGAGGCCAUUCGGGGGACGUUUUGGACUUGGCUUGGUCCCCACAGGAUCAGUACAUUGCCAGCAGCAGUGUGGACAAUACGGUCAUCAUUUGGGACGCGAAAGAAUUCCCAUCGAUCGUCCAAGUCAUGAAGGGCCACACCGGAUUGGUCAAGGGAGUGACCUGGGAUCCGGUCGGGAAGUUUGUUGCCUCGCAGAGCGACGACAAAACAUUGAAGAUAUGGAAAACUUCGAACUUUUCGCUGUUCAAAACGGUGACGGAACCGUUUGAGGAAUGCGGCGGAACUACGCAUAUUCUGAGGCUGUCCUGGUCCCCGGAUGGCCAGUACCUGGUUUCGGCACAUGCCAUGAAUGGAGGAGGUCCUACGGCACAAAUCAUCGAACGGGACGGUUGGAAGUGCGAUAAGGAUUUCGUAGGCCACAGGAAAGCGGUCACUUGCGUUCGGUUCCACAAUGCGAUCCUGCAAAGAAUGGCCCCAAAGACGAACAAAUCCCAACAGUAUUGUUGCCUGGCGGUUGGAUCCCGGGACAAGAGCCUCUCGGUGUGGUUGACUGCCUUGCAGCGGCCACUUGUGGUGAUACACGAUCUCUUCCAAGAUUCGAUCCUGGAUCUGAGCUGGAGUCACAACGGAUACAUCCUUCUGGCUUGCAGCGGAGAUGGCCACGUGGCUUGUCUUCAGUUCAGCGCCGAGGAACUCGGGACUCCUUUGUCCGAGGACGAUCGCAACAGUUUGUACCAGCGGAUGUACGGGAAGAAUAUCACCUUGGAUCUGAAUGGUCAAACCGGGAAGGAUUCCCUAAUUGAGAAUGCAGAAUUGCUGGACGUGUCUCAGAGUAAACUGACCGCGCCGACCUUGAUACCUCAGCCACAGCAAAGCCAAGCUGCCACUACAUUAGUAAGCUCAAUCCCCAAGCCACCGCCAUCAUCUGGGUUCCAAUCGUCCACUAGUCAGGAAAGCCAGCGGCCAAUUCUCAAACAAAUCGAAACCAAGACUGCCGAUGGAAAAAGACGUAUUACUCCCAUGUUCAUCCCGUUGAACGACGAAGCGGAAGUUCCGACCGCUGGAAGCAGUCAGUUUUCAAGUAGCAGUGCCAACAAGAGUUCCAUCGUGACUGUCGAAAAGCGGCCAGAACCCACAACGACUGUUCCCGGCACGAACGGAAUCGAUAUCGACAUCGCCAACCUCACGGCCCAAACGGCCAAACUCGACAGUCGACUGAAAAAAGUGUCCAGGCCGGAGCCACCGGCCCGAGCCACCUUACCGUCAGAACCCGCAAACCCCUCAACGCUACCAAGCCCAGAAAAGCAACCGGUCAGUAUUCAGCCGGUCUUGUCCGGGAAAGCCUCGCCCCUUCACGGCACCUCGGUCAAACCCAUGGGCGACUAUCGGAUACAGGUCACCAAUGGUGCGGUCAAAACCGGCUACGGUCCCCUGGGCAAAGUGGUAGCCAACCUGCUGAGUCUUCCCCGGGCGGACAAGAAGCUGUGGGAAACGGUCGUGGGAUCGCCGGUUUCCAGCUUUUCCGUGUCCAGAAAGUACGUGCUGCUGUGCACCAUGGAUGGGAGCAUCCGGUUUCUGGACAUCCUGAACGGCUCGCCGGUGCUGCCGAUUAUCAGCCUGACCAGUCCGGUGGUCCACAGCACUUUUAGCUCUGAUAGUCGAUUGGGUGCAGUGCUGACGGAGAAUUGUACCUUAAGGGUGUGGGAUCUGAACGAGCAGUGCAUCUUCCUCAAGGGCAGCUGUCAGGAUAUUAUGGGCACAAGCUAUGCUUCACUUCUACACGUUUCGGAUCAGGGUGUUCCGUUCAUCAUCCUAUCCAACGGAUCCUCGUUUUCCUACAGCAAAAAACUGGAAAGCUGGCUGAUAACCAACUCGACGGAUCCCAUAAUGCGUCACGGCCUAAUGACCACCAAACUGGGCUCGACAGCGCGUAACUUGAAAGCUUUCCCAUUGGCCACGGUCCAGUCGUUCUGCAACUUCCAGCCAGUCAACGCCAGGAGCUUUCUGGAUAAUCCCAAUGUGAACUGGCAGUACGAGGCAAUGCUGGCGUUUGUCGAGAACCAGAUAAAGAUUGCCGAAACCAUAAACUCCCCGUUGGAGAUGAAGCACUGGUACCUGAUGUUGGGCUUCCAGUUGGCUCAGCACGGCACGGAAACCAAGAUCCGGCAAGUGUUGGACAGUCUGAUGGGAUCGCCUUUCCCUUCGGCGUCCGACGCCCCGAAAGAGUCCAUUCUGGGCAUCCCGAAGCACACGUUGCUGGAGGAAAUCCUAUCCCAGCUCAAGAUGGAACCCAAGUGGCAGCGGAUCUACAUGGAAUACACGGACCAGCUCAAGCGGUUCCAAAGUCAGCAGGAGAGUAGCGGCGACGACGUGGACAUGCGGCCGCUAGCCGAGGGCCAAAUCGAAAAGUUGCAGCCUCUGAAUUUAGACCUUGUGAACGACGAAACUUGAACCGAAGAAACACGAUAGCGUCUAGUAUGUAACAGGUAAUUUAUUACUCUAGAUCAAUACGUCACUUAUGUUGUCUAAAUGAAUAAUUCAGCUGUUUUCUAUCUUACCUUUAAUAUAAUUAUUAAAUAUUGUAGAGCUUUGGCAGACGCCUAAAACUCUGAAUA